UUAAAACAAAUAAUAAAAAAACAUUAUGAAAAUUCAAAAACCUGUGUUUCUGCUAUUAAUCAUUUUAAACACCUGUUUAGCCUGGGAAUAUUGUCAAGCUGAUAUUGAAAAUAAGUUAUGUGGAACUGGCAAGACACACUUAAUUUGUGAUGCCAAAAAUUCCAUAACCAAUCCUUCCUACAUAUCCAAAGAAUUUUUGGCCCAUGUACCCUUAACAAGAAAAGUAAAGACAGCUUUUAUAAAUUGGCAUAAUUAUUAUCGUAAUCGUACAGCCGGUGGUUGGGCAAAAAAUAGUUUAAAUAAAAUCUUUUUUCCCAUGGCCGUUAGAAUGCGUGAAUUAAUAUGGGAUAGUGAAUUGAGUUAUUUGUCACAUUUUCGCUCAAAACUGGUAAAUGCGGGAGUGACAACAUGUAGCAGCACUUUGCGUUUUCCAAAAGUUGCACAAAAUUUGGAGGUAACCGCCUUAAAUGAACCCAAACCGGUAUUAGAAAUUAUUUCUUUGGCAUUGCGUAAAAUGUUUGAUGAAAAGAAUAAUAUAGAAAAUCCUACCGAAAUGCCCAAGGAGUUUGUGGAGGAUCAUGAAGUUGCUAAACAAUUUACAACUAUAAUAAAUGAUCAGGUUUCACGUGUAGGUUGUGCAGUAGCCCUAGGAGCCGACUGUUUAGACAGCAAAGAGAUGUCCUUUAAAUACUGUUAUUACACAGUUUGUACUUAUGAUUUCGACAUGGGAGGCAUUAUUUAUAAAGUAGGAAAACCUACUGGUCGCUGUUCCCGUUGGGGUGUUGGCAGGAGUAAAACAUAUAUAAAUUUAUGUGCAAAUUCGGGUGAAAUAUUUACAGAGGAAAACUGA